GCUGGUCCUCCCACUGUGCAUUUACACUGUCAGCCUAUGCCAAUACAUUGUAUUUUGCUACAAGAUCUGCUUCUCAGCUGUUGAUUUCCGAUUUCUCAUUGUUGAUGAUGAAACUGUGAAGAAGAUACUGAAGAUUGCCCCUAUCUUGGAAAGCCUUCGAGCUGCUGAAGCAUGGGUUGUAUGAACUAUAUGCGGUCAGGCAUAGCCUUCUUCUUCGAAUAUGAUACCCCACGUAUGGUCCAUAUCAACAGUAAGAAAAUUGGCGUAGUUAACCGCAUCAUUCAGCUGGCUAUUAUAGGAUAUAUCAUUGGAUGGGCAAUAAUUUACAAGAAAGGUUACCAAGAGUUUGACCCUGUGAUCAGCUCAGCAACUGCUAAACUCAAAGGAGUGGUCUACACCAAUGUUACAGAUAGGCCGGCCAUUGGUGCUAGAAUAUGGGACAUGGCUGAUUAUGUUGUACCCCCACAGGAAAAUAAUGCCUUUUUUGUCACCACAAAUGUUAUCAUCACCAAGAAUCAGAGCCAAGGAGAAUGUCCCGAGGAUCCUAAUAUUCAGGACUCAUGGUGCGAGUCAGAUGCUGACUGCCCUCUAUUGACCGCCGUGGACAAUGGCAAUGGUGUUCGUACUGGAGAGUGUGUGAAUUCUACCUUGAAACCAAUACGGAAAGUCUGCAAGAUAUAUGCGUGGUGUCCUGUUGAGAAUGAUACUCUUCCUUCACCAAAAUCUCCGCUUAUCAACCCUGAAAAUUUUACUGUGUUGAUUAAGAACAGCAUCCAGUUUCCUUUGUUUAAAGUUAAAAGGCGUAACAUACUCACAACAAACCAGACUUAUCUCCAGAAAUGCCAUUUUGACCCACACACUGACAAAUAUUGCCCUAUAUUUGUUCUUGGGGACAUGAUCAGAAUAGCAGAUCAAGACGUUGUAAAGAUGGCUGUCAAGGGUGGAGUGAUGGGCAUUUUGAUCUUCUGGAACUGUAAUCUUGACCAUGGAGUAGAAGAGUGCAAACCUGAGUACGAGUUCCGACGUCUUGACGAUGAAAAUGCAGCCAUUGCCAAAGGAUGGAAUUUCCGCUAUGCCAACUUCUAUGAAGAAAACGGUGUGGACAAACGGACAUUGGUGAAAGCUUACGGGAUUCGGUUCAUCAUCAUGGUGAAAGGAACCGCUGGAAGAUUCAACUUUGUGCCGCUGGCAUUGAAUAUUGGUAGUGGUCUUGGACUGCUGGCUGUUGCGACAGUUCUCUGUGAUAUGUUUGUGCUCUACUGCUUGAAGAAGAGGAAUUACUACCGGGAGAAGAAGUACCUGAAUGUUGCUGGAGAUGAUGCUUAUAAGCUUGUAGAGAGCGACAAGUCGAAUUAUGGGUCGGUGAAUAAUUCAAAUUCAGGUUCUCACGAAUGAUCUGGGUGAGGAUGGAGACGACAUCAGACGGCGAAAUCCAUCGCAAUCAAGUGAAUAAAACGAAUAAUGGACGAUAAAAAUAACCCUUUAUAUUGAAGUUCAACCUGAAUAACACAUUUAGGCAAAUUGUGUAAACUCUAUUCUGUUUGAAGGAUUUACAUGCCCUUCCCAUGAUGAAGACCUUUUUGGAGUUACCACUCCUUCUUGUCUUAAGACAUAUGUGCACUGUCAAGAUGAAUGUCGAGAUGAAUGCCUCGAUCGGCCUAACGACUUUUGUAUUUUGAUAUUUCAUCCCAUCUAUGAUAAAAAAGUGACUUCCUGUCUUUCUACCAAUAUUAUAUUUUCAUUUGUAAAUACUAAUCGUUGUAGGGUAGUAUUUUUGAUACAAGAUUAUAACAGUAGUUUUUAUAAGGUCUUAAUUUUUAUCCAAGAAACAUUCCAAAAUCAAAGGAGACAUUCAAUUUUUAGAUGUACAUGUACUAUCUUUGGAUCACCAACUUUAUGGAUCCUAAAUUCUUUUGCAUUGAAUUUCUGACAACUUGUUAUGAAACUUGAAUUUUCAUUUGUGAUAGCACAGGGAUUUGAGAUAUUUACGCGUGAAUUCCAUUGCAAGAUUGUAUGUAAUUUAUACCCCUCUCAAGCGAAUAGAAAUUUUUUAUCCUUAGCCAUGCUUUUGCACCAGUUCUGUAAUACUGUUUUUCACAUCACAUCUGAUAAUUUUUUUGUUGAAUUUUGUCGUUGCCAUUGCUUUAUAACGGCUGAAAACUGGCCAUAUACCUGUAGGUUCAAAUGAUUUAUGUUAAUACAUGUACCUUCUCAUCGAUGUCAUUUGAAUAUCAUUUUAACAAGACCCAGCAGAGAUUAAGGAGACACAGUCAUGACCCAGCAGAGAUAAGGAGACACAGUCAUGACAAUAUUUAUCUAAGAAUGGUUUCUGUGAAAACUCUGAUGCCAGGGUACAUGAAAUGUAAAAUAGCAGUCGAGUCUCAUAUUAGUAUCAUUGUUAGUUGAUUCCAUCUGCUGUGCCAUGCAUAGGACUCUUUUCUUGGACAGACACAGUAUUUUGUUCAUAUUCAUACUUUGUAUUUUGUCAAUUGUAUAAAUUAAUACAAUGAAAUGAUUUAGUUGAUUCAUUCAUGAUUCAAUAAAGCUUGGUGCUGAUUAACAUGA